UGCCAGCCUCACUCCGGCCCUCGGGUAUCCGGUGCCCCGGGGCAGGCUCAGCCCCGGUGCCCGGUCAUGAAUAUUCAGCCCCGGCCUGGCCCGGCCCCGCUGUUUGCUCACGCAGGAGGGGUUUGGUCGCGGGUUCACCUUGACCGGCAGCCAACGGGGCAGCGGCAGGUACGGAUCCAACCGGAGCCGGCGGCUGCAGCGGCACCAGGAGGUGCAGGGCGCAGCGGCGAUGGCCGAGAGCCACGGCUGGUGGAAGCUGACGUUCCUGCGCAAGCGGCAAGCGGCACCCACGGUGCUCUACGAGAGCCCCGACAGCCUCGGUGCCGGCACCGGUGCCGGUGCCAGCCAGGAAGGACCGGGCCCGGAGGGGUUGGCAGCGCGGUUGGAGAAGCUGGUGGACAAGAGCAAGGGCAAACACGUCAAGGUCUCCAACUCGGGGCGCUUCAAGGAGAAGAAGAAAGUGAGGGCGACGCUGGCUGAGCACCCCAACCUCUGCGGGGGUGAGCAGGAGGAGAAGUGACCUGGAUCAUCGUCACAUCCCGGGAAUGCUGCUCCAUGGGGAUUCGGAAGGGGAAAUGACUGGUGUUGAUUGAAGGCAGAAGCAAAGACCCUGGGUAAUUGCAGCCAGAGGGAGAACUGGGAAUCAGAGCCAGGCUCCUGGACUGGAGGAGACCCCCAAGCACUGACUGGUUCAUACUGGGAUGAGGAUGCUCACACUGGUUGCUUGCUAUGGAGCACCGGAGUCAUCGCACACCCAGUUCUACCACGGCUCCAAUCCCAUUCCCAAUCCCCUCCUACCCAUCACUCCUGCAGGGGGGGUCCAUGGGGACCCCCUGGCUCGUCCCCAGACCCAAGGGGCUGCGUGGCCAUGGGCAGAGCCAGCAAUGCAGAGCCAUGUCCUUGCCAGGAUCACCCCCAGAAUGAGGAAUGUAACACAGAGGGAACAACCCUAUAGGGAAAGUGCCCCUUGAGCUGCCCCCAUGGUGGGUCCAGGCUCCCUUCCCAGGAGCAGACGGAUUCCUGCUCACAGCCGGGAAUCACUUCCUGGUCCUGGCAGCACCCAGAGCCAGGCCGGGGCUGGUGGGUUCUCAGGAGCUGGUAAUUAACUGCGGUUAAUGAAUGGGGUGUGGAA